AUGUUUUCCUCGUCCAAACCCUCGCUACUCUCAUCCCGGACCUCCAUGGAGCAAGCUGACUCAGACGCUCUGGACAUCAGCACUAAAGUGCAACUGCAUGGGGUUCUGUGGAAGAGACCUUUCGGGAGGCCCUCAGCAAAGUGGGCCCGCAGAUUUUUCAUCAUCAAGGAUAGCUUUCUGCUAUAUUAUGCAGAAAAUGAGAAAAAAAACUUUGAGACAAAUCAUUGCAUCAACAUUCACCCCAAGGGCGUUAUCCCAUUAGCUGGAUGUGUCGUUGAGCCAAAAGAAGAUCAAGGCAUGCCGUUUGCCCUGGUUAUCAACCAUGAGGACUUUACUGGAAACAUUGUUUUGGCUUCUGAAUCGGAGUCAGAACAGAGUCAGUGGGUGGAGAUGCUGCAGGAGUCCGGAAAAGUCACUUGGAAGAAUGCUCAGCUUGGGGAGGCUAUGAUCGAGAGUCUGGAAGCUCAGGGCCUACAACUGGCCAAGGAAAAGCAAGAAUACUUGGAUAAACUCAUGGAGGAGACUGAGGAACUAUGCUUGGAGAGAGAACAGAAGGCGGAGCUUGAAAGACUGAAUCAGCUGCUGGAGGACGAAAAGCAGAAGUUUGAGGAAGUUAUUCAAGAACUGAGAUCAGAACAAGAACAGAUUAAAGUGGAUCUGGAUGGUACAGCUCAGUGUCUAAAGGGAGUAGAAUCUGAGAAAGAGGAGCUUAAUAGCCUCACCACACUUCUGCAAAAAUCUUUAGAGGAGCUGUCCCAAGAGAAAGCGCGGACUCUUGAGCUGUUGAGGGAAAGGGAGCAGGAUGGGAAAAAAGCGGGAACUGAUCAUCAGACCUCCUUAGACUCCCAGUAUCCAGACGUACAGCUUCAGGUGAACCUGCAGCAUAUCGAGGAGCAGAUGAGGAACCUGCUUAAAGAAAAGGUACAGGCAGAAGAAAGGCUGAAAGAGAAGGAGCGGAGAGCCAAUGUUUUGCAGCAGGAAACAGAAUUUUAUUCUUCUCAAGCUCACACACUCCAGCAAUCCCUCAUACAGCUCACAGCAGACAAACAGCACACUGAGGAGGAGCUGAAGGCUGAAAUGGAAUCUCGCGUGGAACUGGAGUGUAGGCUGAAAUUGGCAGAGGAGGCCCUGCGAGAUCUAGAACACGGUCUAAACGCAGUAGAACGCACCAGUGAGAGAGAUGAAAGAAUGAGAGGGGAUGUCAGCCAUCUCCGCAAGUUCUUUGAGGAAUGCAUCUGUGCUGCAGAGAUCGAGGCCAAGUUACCAGCUAUCAUGAAGAAUGCAGUGUAUUUGCACAAAGCGGCUGCUCGCCGCAUCAAAAGCUGCCGCAUACAGAAACGGGCUUCCAGGCAGCACUGGUUGAGGCACUCUCAAUCAUUUGCCUCCUCUCAUGGUGAGGUUCAUGGUCUUGAGGAGCUGGGAGAAACCACUCAACGUCUGACUUCAGACAGCUGUUUGAGACAGCGGGCCAAUAAGAUCAUCACCCGACAGAAGACCGUUCAGGCUGAUGACUAAGAAUAAGAAAAAAAACAUGAGGAAGGAUUUUCUCAUCCUGCCCUAUUUAGUUUGAUAUGAAAAUGUCACCUUUGGGACUAUUGUACUUUUAAAUUG